ACUUCGUUCAUCGUUUAUCAUUUGACCAGUUUUCCAUACCUUCUUUACAUUAUCGGUACUCUGCAAUUGUUGACCAAUUCCGGGUAUAUAAUCAUGAGAUAUCAAAUUCAUGAAGGGAGUGGAUUUCGUGGAAUGGACUGUGACAACAACAAUCAUGACACCAACAAUCAACACUGGGGCGAGAAGUAUGCCCUCGACAGCACCUGCUCUCUGGAUCGAGCUGUACCAGAGCCUGUUGAGGCCUGCAUCCACAGCUUAAUCAAGCGGAUUGCCUGGGAGAAGCCAGGAGCUCCAGCAAUAUGUUCCUGGGACGGGCAUCUGACCUACCUCCAGCUAGAUCAGCUGUCUAUUAUCCUGGCGUGUCAACUGGUAAAUUCUGGGUUGACUCCGGGUUCGAGAGUGAUUCUCUGCUUUGACGAGACAUGCCUAGCGCCCCUCUCUAUGCUGGCUGUAAUGAAGGCCGGGGGUAUCUCCAUAGCCCUUGAUACCAGACAAAAUCGGGAUCACCUCCAAGAGAUUGCAGAUCAAAUUUCCCCACACACUAUUCUCUCGUCUUCGGAAAGUGAACAGCUAGCACGAUCCUUGCCGAAAGGCAAUGUUAUGAUUGUGGAUCAUAGCCUGUUGUCGAGUAUAAAUGAUCCCUUGGAACCGUCUGGUAAGCUACCGGUCGUGAGCCCUUCAGAAGCCGCUGGAGAAACCUAUAGUGUCGACAGCGUGACAGGGCUUGCAAGCCGAGAUAAUAUCAUCACGCAUCGGGAUUUCAGCAGCGCCGCCACAUAUCAGCAUGGAGCGCUCGGACUCACUAGUAACACGACUAUAUGCAAUCCUGCGCGAUCUUUCUCGGAUUCAGCAUGGCGCAAUUUGUUCAUUUUGACAUGCGGUGGCACUCUAUGCAUGGCUCCAACGGCUGAACUCCUGGGCAACAGGCGCGGGCUUAUCUCUGCAUUGCAGUCCGGCAUCGUUAUCCUUAAUUCGGAGUCUCUCUCUACGCUUGAUAACUCCGAGCUUCUGCAAUUAGUACAGCUCAAACACAUUGCAGUUUCAGCCGCCCCACACGGCUUGAAAAGAUUAGGGGCAUACAUGGAAAGAAAUGAUGAGUCUAUUAUUUCAGCUAGUCAAAGGAAGUCGGGCGAUAUGCUAGCCUCCAACGUGGAAACAAAUGAAGAUGGAAGGUUGGUCGGAAAAUCAAACAACCCGGAAGUCACAAUAUCAGAGCCGCAAAUUUCAAGUCGGGACUGGCAGAUGCCUAGCACGGUUAAUAUCGAUAAUCUUGAGGGUAAUAAUGCAGAAAAAAUGUUCGCCAUCGAUGUUUACCAAAAGGAACCACCAGUUCACAGCCGGGAAUUGUGGUCUAGCGACUCGUCUAGUGUAUCUCCUAUCGUUUCAGAGGGCUCAUUUUCUUCAUAUGAGGAUGUCAUACGGCCGGUGAAAGCGAUUGAUAAUGAGCCAAGCAGCCCUGAUGUUCUACCAUUUUCCUUAUUGGGCUCGUCAAUCGACAAGGAAAAGGCGCGGGCUUACGCUUCUAGGCUUUGCAACGUCAAGGAAUCGCAAGUUAUCGACAUCCUCCCAUGUACUUCACUGCAAGAAGGUCUCCUAGCAUUAACAGCAAAAAGUGAAGGAAGUUAUGUGGCUAGGAACGUUUUCCAGAUUGGAGUUGGUAUCAAUGUGAACAAGCUGCGCCACGCCUGGGAGCAGGUUGUUUCAAUGAAUCCAAUUUUACGAACACGUAUCGUCAGUCUCCCUCAUCAUGGUAUCAUGCAAGUGGUGCUGGAUGAGGGUGCGAUAUGGACUUCAAGAGGAACUCCCUAUGAUAUGGCGAAUUUCAAUUCUGGUAACGAAGAAAACACAAUGGGAUUGGGGAAACCCCUGACAAGAUUCACAAUCUUUGAAGGAGCUGCCGACAACCCUGGCCAUUUGAUAUGGGAGAUACAUCAUGCUCUCUAUGACGGUUGGUCAAUACCCCUUCUGUUGUCCCAGGCAGAAAAUGCCUAUUUCAACGAAUUCUGUCAGCCCUUAGAAACGAUGGCCCCAUUCAUCAAAUACAUACAAGAUCGUGACAUCGGAGCUGCAAAAGCAUUUUGGAGUAAUCAGUUUACAGACAUUAAAGGUUCGCAUUUCCCUCCCGUAAAGCCAGGAUAUGAACCAAAGCAAGACAGUCAAAUUGUACGAACGAUUUCAGAGCUUCCCUGGGGUAGAAGUGACUUUACUCCAGGUACAAUCGUCAGAGCUGCUUGGUCUGUUGUGGCGGCGAAUGGCGCUAACUCCGGUGAGGCGCUGUUUGGCGUGGUUGUGACGGGACGUCAGGCUCCGGUCCCUAAUAUUGAAUUGAUGGCAGGCCCUACAAUUGCUACCUUGCCCAUCCGUGUUAACGUGAAUUGGAACGAAGACCGUAAAAGGCUUCUAGAUGCCAUUCAACGUCAGAGUAUCGAAAUGAUACCAUUUGAACAGACUGGCUUGCAGCAUAUUUCCAAAUUGAGUCAAGGCACGGCCAUCGCCUGCCAGUUCCAGACCUUGCUGGUGGUCCAACCUAGCAGUGAAAUGACUGAGACGACGGAUAGGCCAUUCCUUUCCGAAGUAGUCGAUUCCCAUAUUGGAAGUCAAUGGCAGGACUUCAGCACAUACUCUCUUGUGAUUGAAUGCCAACUAGCGUCAGAAAGCCUCAGGAUUAGUGCUAGUUUUGACUCGAACGUGAUUGGAAAGCAAAAGAUGGAACUAGUAAUGAGCGGGUUCGAGUUUUCCAUUCGACAGCUAUCCAGCGGCAGCACAGAGCAGGUGUUACUCUCUAGCUUAGUCCGCGACUACUCAGGUUUAAACGCCAUUUGGACAUGGAACAGGGAGGUGCCCGAGGCGACGGAGGCAUGUAUCCAUGACUUGAUUUCACGGCAGGUCCAGGAAAACCCACAGGCCCAAGCCAUUUGCUCGUGGGACGGUAAUAUGACUUACCAGGAACUAGAUGGUCUAUCCACUGACCUUGCCUAUCAGCUGGUUAAAAGAGGCAUCGCAGGAACUGUUGUGCCUCUGCUUUUUGAGAAGUCGAAGUUUAUGCCAGUUGCCGUGCUCGCAGUUAUGAAAGCCGGGGGAGGCUGUUUGCCCAUGGAUAUCAAGCAGCCGUAUGAGCGUCUUGCAGCCAUAGCAGCACAGGCUGAUUCGUCUAUUAUUAUCUCAUCCGUUGCUAAUGAACCCGUCGCGGUCAAACUCGCGAGCGGGAACGCUGAGAACCUGUCGAGGUUGAAGCUGCCCGAGCGGGAGGUGCUCGUCGUCGGACCGGAUCAAAUUUUAUCCUUUUCAGCCGCAACGCCCGGGCCAACUUCUACUUCCACCGCAUCUCCUUCCUUGCCCAAGGUUGAUCCAUCAGACAUUCUCUACGUUGUCUUCACUUCUGGUAGCACUGGAACGCCAAAGGGUGUAAUAAACACCCACCGCGGGCUGUGCAGUGCCAUUACCUACCAGCAGAAAGCCCUGGGUUUUUCACGGGCUUCUAGGGUGUUCGACUUUGCUUCGUAUGCCUUCGAUGCAGCCUGGUGUAACUUGCUGCAUGCUCUUACUGUUGGUGGGACACUUUGUAUCCCAUCCCAGGAUGAGCGGGAGAAUGAUCUGGCGGGCUGUAUGGAGAAGUAUGAUGUGACAACAGUCGAUUUCACUCCCUCGGUAGCCCGGUUCUUAGGCCCGGCGGUACUUUCGCGCCUAUCCACCCUUAUCUUAGGAGGUGAAGCUGUCCUUCCAAGCGAUGCACAUCUGGCAGGUGAUGGUACAACAAUUAUCAAUGUCUAUGGCCCUGCAGAGUGUACUCCUACAGCAACCUUAUCGAACAUUACCAAGGCCGCCACCAUUGACAUUGGUCGUGGGGCUGGCGCUUGUACGUGGAUCGUUGACCCUGACGACCCGUCUUCCUUAGUACCGGUCGGCGCUGUUGGCGAACUAUGGCUUGAAGGACCCUUGGUGGGCGGAGGCUAUCUCAAUGACCCGGAGAAAACAGCUUCAGCUUUCGUUCACAACCCACCCUGGCUACAGCGCGGCCUCCCAGCUCAACACGGACAGCCAGGCUGUACGGGCCGCACGGGUCGGCUUUAUCGUACGGGUGAUCUUGUACAGUAUCGGGAAGAUGGAUCACUUAUCUUUGUCGGCCGCAAAGAUAAUCAGGUGAAAAUUCGCGGUCAACGAGUUGAGCUCGGGGAGGUCGAGCAGCAUGUUCUCGACGGCCUUUACCUUGACUUCCAGGUUCACAAUAUUAAUAUCACUAAAGCCCAAGUUACAGCUGAGACAAUCCAUCCAGAAGGCUCCAAUGGUGCUAUACUUGUGGCAUUUGUGACCCUCGUGUGCGGCGGGGAUACAGAAAUUUCUGAAGAUCUACACACAUCUGCAGUCAAGAAGGCUACCAGUGGUCUGUCCGACCGGUUAGCGGAGCGGUUACCAGUGUACAUGGUACCAACUUCAUAUAUCCCAAUCUUGGAUUUACCAAUGACAGCCACGGGUAAAACAGACAGAAAGAAGCUUCGCUCAACAGGUGAAUACCUAUGGCUAAAGUACCGUAGCGAUACCGACAGCGAUGAAUUAACUGACUCACUCAAUAGCGUUGAGAGCAUCCUCCAGAAGGUCUGGAUGUCUGUUCUCAACCUUUCAGCGAGGGAAACUUCUAUUAACAAGCCCUUUACACGGCUGGGCGGCGACUCAAUCACAGCAAUGCAAGUAGUAUCUCAAUGUCGACUCCAUAAUAUUACUGUCACUGUUAGUCAAAUCCUCCAGGCCUCUACUAUCCGGCGUCUUGCUUCCAUUUGUCAAGUUAGAGGAAGCGGUGACGCUGCUGCAGAGGACGACGACCAAGCAGACAGUGAGCAAGGAGAUAAACUCUUUGAACUCGGGCCAAUUCAGCAGAUGUUUUUUGACUCUUACCCACAUGGGCUGAAUCAUUAUAAUCAGACCUUUGUCCUCGAGUUAGGAAAGCCAGUUUUACCUGAAGCUUUUGAAGGAGCUAUUCAGGCACUUGUCAAACGUCACGCAUCACUUCGGGGGCGCUUCAAGAAAGAUACUGAGACUGGCCGUUGGAUGCAGACAGUUUGCAGUGAGGAUGAUGCCCUUUCGUAUGCAUAUCAAGAACAUUCUGUUCUUAGUCACAACGAUGUCGCAAGAAUUGGUCAGCAGCGGCAGUUGAGCUUGGACAUUCAGAAGGGCCCCCUCUUCGCUUGUGACCUGUUCCAUAUCUCCAAUUACCCCCAAGUGGUUAUUCUGUCAGCCCAUCAUUUGGUUGUUGACUUAGUGUCGUGGCGUAUAAUUUGGGGAGAUCUCGAAGAUUUUAUUGAACAUGGGAGUCUUAUAUCUCAGCCAACAUCUUCCUUCCGGGCAUGGUGCAGGCGACAAGCUCAAGUUGGUCGCAGUUUAUCACCCCUCUCUGUCUUACCAUAUUCCAUGCCGGAAACAGGCUGGGACUUUUGGGGCAUGCCGUUAUCAGAGAAUACGUUCAAUGAUCUCGUUGUUUAUACUGAGACGUUCGAUGAAGCACUCACUAUUCAAUUAUUUGGGGACAGCAAUGCGAGCCUUCAGACAGAACCCAUUGACAUUAUUUUGGGGACUAUCGCUCAUGCUUUCCGGUAUACCUUCUCGGAACGCUCAGUACCUGUUAUAUGGACUGAAGGCCACGGACGAAAUCAAUCAGAUGAUUUUCAGUUAGAUGUCUCUGGUACGGUAGGCUGGUUCACUACAAUACAACCAUUACCUAUCGAUAUAUCGCUUGCAAGUUCUAUUGUGGACACUAUAAGAAUGGUCAAAGAUAGAAGAAACGGUCUUCCGGGUAAAGGGCUUCCAUAUUUCGCAUGUCGCUACUACAGCGAAUCUGGAAGAGAGGCCUUCAGCAAUCACGAUAUUGUUGAGGUGAUGUUCAACUUUACUGGGCGAUAUCAACAGCUAGAAACAGAAGAGGGCCUUUUCAAACGUCCCCAACACAUGGGAGAAGCUGACAGUUUAAUACAAGAGGUUCCCGAAAACGCACGCCGGUUUACUUUGAUAGAGAUUGAUUCUCACGUGGAAGGAGAUCGUCUUGUUGUGUCAUUCACGGUGCAUAAGAAAAUGAAGCAUCAGGAUCGCAUUUCGUUAUGGCUAACGAAUUUUGCCGAAACACUAUCAUCUGCGACCACAAUGCUACUCCACUCGAAGCGUGAAUUCACAUUGAGCGAUCUUCCCUCCCUUUCUCUCUCUUACUCCGGUCUAGACACGUUCCUCAAACAGCAGCUUCCUGGUAUGGGGAUUGCCCCUCAAGAUAUAGCAGAUGUCUACCCCUGCUCACCGCUACAAGAGGGAAUAUUAUUAAGUGUUCAAAAGGAAGCAGCUUUCUACGAUUCAUUCUCUAUCUGGCGGUGCAUUUCGCAGGAUGGCACAGCGAUAUCGCCUUCUAAGCUUGAGACUGCGUGGAGGACUGUUGUCAGUCGUCACACUAUCUUGCAAUCUGUCUUUGCGUUGCAUCCAGAAGGCAGUGGUUAUAUACAAAUUGUCCUUCCUAAAUCAAUCGUUCGAGUGAGCCAUAUAACCACCAAUGAUAAAGACCCGGUUUCGACCCUGAACCGAUUGGAUAGGCCCACAUACCGUACCCAUGAGCCGGAACAUUCAUUCACUAUAUGUUCCUCUGCAGAUGGCCAGGUUGCAUGCAGGCUUGAUGCAGUUCAUACACUUAUUGAUGGAUGGAGUAUCAGUGUUCUAGUUCAAGACAUUAUUGCUUUCUACACAGGCUCGACUCCUGCACCAGCCCCCCCAUUCGGUAAUAUUAUUCGCUAUAUAAGCAAAAUACCAAAAGCACGGAGAAUUGUUUCCUGGAUGAAACUACUUGGUGGUGUAAAACCAACAGAAUUCCCCACCAGCCCACGCCUACUCCAAAUGGCCGAAGAACCCCAUGGUGAUAUACCAAUUCCAGCUGAAUCUAUCCCUGGCGUGUUAGAUGUUUGCAAGAAAUUAGGCAUCACCCGAUCAGUUUUCCUCCAGGUAGCGUGGGCCAUGCUCCUCUCCUAUUUCACUGGCCAGUCCGAUGUUUGUUUUGGCUACCUCUCUUCUUGUAGAGAUUCACCCGUGGAUGGUGUGGAAGUCAUGGUUGGUCCCCUGGCCAAUUUGCUUAUUAGCCGAGUUGACCUCCAGUUCUCUGCAAAAGAGGUGCUUAAGCGAGUGUCUGAAGCCUCCAUCCGCCACCUAGAAAUCCAGCAUACAUCCUUGGCAGAUAUACAACAUCAUGUUGGUUCUUCUACUGGGCGAUUGUUCAACACCACAUUAUCGAUCCGUGGAGGGGAUAAGUUAAAGGGUGGCGAUGAUGCUACUCUAUCGUUUGAGUCAUGCACCGGAGAGGACCCAAAUGAGUACGACUUGAACUUAAGUGUUAAUGUGGAUGGAGAUAAUAUGGAAGCCGUUGUUUCUUUCAGGCCACCAUAUGUCAAUGGUCGGACAGCUCGAGAAGCUUCAACUGUCCUUACAAAAGCAAUCAAUUACCUUGUAACCCUCAGUACAGAGGAUAUUGAUGAUGCCUCACUCUUCAGUGACUUCUUCCAGAAUGUUGCUGGAGUCGAUGAGCGAUCUACUCAAAGUUUCUGGAGUGCCCAGUUCUCUAACACCCAAGGCUCUCAUUUCCCAGUUACUGAGAGUGUCACCCGAUGUGGAACCACCAAUUUCCAGAAAAUUCUGACGCUGAGACAGUUAGAAUGGGCGGGUUGCAAUGAAUAUUCCACUAGCACGCUUAUAAAAGCGGCAUGGGCAAUUAUCUCGGCCACAAAUACUCGUUCAGACGAGGCCUUAUUUGGGGAAUAUUCUACCAGUUCUUCUGGUGUAUUACCGGUACGAAUUCCGCUGGACUGGGGAAUGCCUGUCCAUCAGUUAUUGCAUAUCGUGCAAUGUCAAGCAGAUGAUAUUGAUAUCUUCUCGAAAAUCCCGCUUGGACGAAUCCGGUCAAUAAAUGACAAGACUCAUGUUGGCUGCCAGUUCAGGACAACCGUACAGUUCACCAAUCGCCUUGACAAUCUUGAUGCAACAUACACUCCAGGCUCCACAGGCUCUGAUGAUGAAGAGGAGCUAGCCUAUCAAUACCCAUUGGCUGUCAAGUUCGCUAUAUACCCUAGUAGCUUGUCUAUAAACGUUACAUGCGAUUCGGGUAUAUUGGGAGAAGUAGAGGUCAUUCGAAUUUUUCAACAAUUUGAACAUGUACUCCGUCAAAUUAUUGGUUCUGGCGUCCAUUACCAGAAGCUCUCUGAUGUGAUAGUCACCAGCCCUCAAGACAUGAGAGACAUAUGGACAUGGAACAGUGUCGUUCCAAGCGUUGUCAGUGGAUGCGCUCAUGAACUGAUUAUCCAGCAGGCCCAUAAAACACCACUUGCACCGGCUAUCAAUGCCUGGGAUGGUGAUCUAACCUAUCAGGAACUGGAACACCUUUCAACGAACCUAGCCAAGGAGCUAAUAAGCAAUGGUGUCAAACGGGGAGCAAUUGUGCCUCUAUUUUUCGAGAAAUCUAUGUGGACCCCAGUUUCGGCCCUUGCAGUGAUGAAAACUGGUGCUGCCUUGGUUCUUACUGAUCCUUCAUCUCAGCCUGAAACAAGGCUUCGAACAAUAACCGAGCUUGUCAAUGCAAAGAUAUGUCUAUGUUCUACGACCAAUGAAUCAUUGGGACGUAGCCUCGGUAUUGACCAAGUGCUUAUUGUGGGCCCCGACCAUUAUCAAUGUCUUAAUCAUGAAGAGAAGCAAAAUUCGGAAGACAUUGAGCUUCCAAGUGUCGACCCGGAUGAUCUAUUGUAUAUUAUGUUCACAUCAGGAACUACCGGUACGCCGAAAGGAGUGAUGCUGAACCACCAAAAUAUUUGCAGUGCAAUUACCCACCAGCGCGCGUGCUUGGGUUAUACUCAAAGCUCAAGGGUUCUUGACUUCUCCUCAUAUGCAUUUGACGUUGCUUGGUCCAACCUGCUAAAUACACUCACAGUUGGUGCAUGUCUAUGUAUUCCUUCUGCCUCUGAGCGACAAAAUGAUCUUUCUAGCUGUUUGGAAAAAUACAGAGUCACUCUCGCUGAUUUGACCCCUUCUAUCGCACGACACUUAACUGGGCUUGAAAAAUUGUCUACACUUGUGCUGGGAGGAGAAGUUGUCCUACCCUCUGACGCGGACGCGGCCCUGGUUGGUGAUCGAACGACGGUUAUAAAUGCUUACGGACCUGCCGAGUGCACCACCACUUCGACAAUAUUAAACCUAACUAGAAACCCUCAUGGUGGACUUGGCCAGGGAGUGGGACUUUGCACAUGGGUGGUUGAGCCAGAUGACCCUGACACCUUAGCACCACUUCACGCUCCAGGUGAACUCUGGUUGGAAGGCCCUUUAGUUGGUGAGGGCUACCUGAACGAUCCCAUUAGGACUGCAGGGUCCUUCAUAGAAGAUCCGGCGUGGUUGGUACAAGGCGUCCCUGGCAAGCAUCCUGGACGUCAUGGCAGAGUUUACCGCACCGGGGACCUUGUCAAAUAUCAAGAAGACGGGUCCAUUGCCUAUCUGGGGCGCAAAGAUACACAGGUUAAAAUUCGUGGUCAGCGCGUGGAGCUAAGCGAGGUUGAACAUUGGGUAGAGAGCAUGAUUCAGUUGCCUAAUGACGUCUCUUCUGCCGUCCAAGUUGUUGCGGAAGCAAUCCAGCCCAUAGGGGUAGGAAAUCUUAUCCUCGCUGCUUUCGUUUCUGUUGGUGGCAGCACCAGCGAACCUCACGAUACUUUAGUCAAAAGGGCAGUACAUGGACUGAAUGACCGGUUAGCUGCCAGUAUUUCUUCUUACUUGAUACCCAGCCUCUACAUCCCGCUGCAGGUGGUUCCAAGGAUGGCUACUGGUAAGAUAGAUCGGCCACGGCUCCGCUCGAUUGGAGCCGCGUUGUCAGCAGGGGACAUUGCACAGCUAAGUCGGUCUGAGACCGAGCGGCUUCCACCCCAGACGGAUGCCGAGCGACUGCUUCAGGCUCUCUGGGCGGAUAUACUCGAGAUAAGCCCAGAUACCAUCAGUGCUGAUGAUAGCUUUUUCCGCAUCGGCGGUGAUUCUAUAGGGGCCAUGCGGCUGGUUGGAAUGGCGCGUCAGAAAAAUUUCAACCUUACUGUUCGAGAUAUCUUCCAUCAUCCUGUUCUGCGGGAUAUGGCGACAAUUCAGUCCUGA